CGUGAGAGCGACGCCGCCAGUGACUAAUGGGAAAGGCCGUUGGUGCGAGGUGGGAGUAAGGGUGAUAGCGAUUGGUUGGACGAGCCUGGCACCUAAGGCGGGGGCAGCGCCGGGGGUCUGGUAGAGUGAGGCGCAGCAAGAUGGCGACCGAGACGGUGGAGCUCCACAAGCUGAAGAGCACUUCUUAAACUUUUGGAGGUCACAGAUAUCUUUGAAACUCUGAUGAAAGCUUGCUGAACUAAAGCAAGAAUGUCUUGCUCGUGGUUUAGAGACCAAGGGAAUAAAACAGGAUCUUAUCAAUAGGCUCCAGGCGUAUCUUGAAGAACAUGGUCAUUGGUGAUGUAAGGUCUAAAUUAACAACAUCAAGAAAACUUUUAGAGAUGGCCAUGGUGGCUCAUGCCUCUAAUCCUUGCACUUGGGAGGCAGAGGCAGGAGGAUCGCCUCAAGUUCAAGGCCAAUCUGAUUUACAAACUGAAGAGGAAGCAAAUGAAGAAGAUGUACUGGGAGAUGAAACCGAGGAAGAAGAACCAAAGCCCAUAGAACUUCCUGUUAAAGAGGAAGAACCUCCUGAAAAAGCUGUUGAUGUGGCAUCAGAAAAGAAGGUGGUAAAAAUUACAUCUGGAAUACCUCAAACUGAGAGAAUGCAGAAGAGGGCUGAACGAUUCAAUGUACCUGUAAGCUUGGAGAGUAAGAAGGCUGCGCGGGCAGCUAGGUUUGGGAUUUCUUCUGUUCCAACAAAAGGUCUGCCAUCUGAUACCAAGCCUAUGGUUAACCUGGAUAAACUAAAGGAAAGAGCACAGAGAUUUGGUUUGAAUGUCUCUUCUAUUUCUAGAAAGUCUGAGGAUGAUGAGAAGCUGAAAAAGAGGAAGGAGAGAUUUGGGAUUGUGACAAGUUCAGCAGGAGCUGGAGCUACAGAGGAUACAGAGGCAAAGAAAAGGAAAAGAGCAGAGCGUUUUGGGAUUGCAUAAUGAAAAGUUCAUGCUUUCUGCCUCAUAGUGGUUUCCAUUUCUCAAAUUCUUCAUGGUUUUUAUACACACACGUAUGUCAUGUGCCUCACAGUGAGGAAUCGUGUACUUUAGGUGUGCAUCAUUGGAUUCCAGCAGCAGUUUGAUGUAACUGCUACUCUGCAUUUAAGUUGUUAUAUUUUUGUUUUUAAUUAUUUUGCCUAUUAAUAAAAAAAGAAAGAAAAGAGAA